UCGCAGCAGCAGCCAGGAGGCCCAGCCAGCCGGCAAUCCGCCUGUAUUUGGAAGGCAGAGAGCGAGAGAGAGACCGAGAGAGAGAAGGCUGGAAGGAAACUGAUCUGGACCUUCAUUAGAUAGCAAAGAUAUAUAUGUGUCAUAUAUAUAGGGGUGCUCCGGGCACUAAAGACCCUCCAAGAAGAGAUGGCGAGGAGGGAGAUUUCAGAGAUUUCAGAGCAUCUCCGCUUCAGCUCCCGAGAAAUUCAGGGAAAUUAAAGUUUGGAGCUGCUGCCGGGCACUUCUCCCUGGCUUUUCUUCCUCUCCCCUUUCGCUGGCUGGGUUUUAUUAUUAUUAUUACUUCAAUUAUCAUCAUUUUGAUACAUUUCCCCCGCUCCUCUUUUUCCAAAGGUGUUUCUUUUUUCCCCCCUCCAUCCGGUGAGCGGUUCUUCUUCUUCUCCUCCACCUUCUCCUUCCAGCAGCCUUCUCUGCCUUCCUACCGGGAAAAGCCAAACGGAGGACAAUCUUGGAAAAGGACCACCAGCCCGGGAUUUGCUGCCACCAGCACCAUCACUACCACCUUCCUCCUCCUCCUUCCUCCUCCUCCUCUCCAGCUGCCGCGGUGCAGUGCCAGGACGCUGGGAAUAAAUUAAAGCGGGCUCCAGUCUCUCUGUCUCUCUCUUGCCUCGAGAGUCGGUCCUUUCCUGUCAAGAUCACCGCUGAGCUGGGAGAUCUCUUGUCCCCAUAGGGGCUGAUUUCGCAGUCCUUCCCUCCCAAUCUCUGUUUUUUAAAAAGAAAUAUAUAUAUAUAUCUUAUUAUUUUCAAAAGGAAGGCGAUGAGGGAGAAAAGCGAAAAUGAAGGAGAAGGAGUAAGGCUCCAUCCUUUCUGAGGCUCGCCUCCCUCUGCUCCCACCCCUCCCUCCCUCCUUCCCUCCGCCCCCCAAACGCGGUGCUUCUCCAAGGAGGAGGGGGAAGGGGAUCGUUUCUUUUCUCCCCCCCCCCCCUUCUUGUCUUUCUUCCGUUUUUUGGAGCAAGGGGGAAGAAGCGUCGUCGUCGGAGGGGGAAGGAGGUGGGGACGCUCUCUCCCUCUGCCCUUCCUCCCUUCCUUUGGCGAUGGUGGUGCUGCUCGUCCGCUUGGCCUUCAUCCUCUGGCUGGCGGCGGGGACCCUGGCGCAGCUCCACUACACUGUGCAGGAGGAGCAGGAGCAUGGCACUUUCGUGGGGAAUAUCGCCGAGGACCUGGGCUUGGACAUCACCAAGCUUUCCGCCCGGCGCUUCCAGACGGUGCCCAAUUCCCGGAGCCCUUACCUGGAGCUCAACCUGGAGACCGGGGUCCUCUACGUGAACGAGAAGAUCGACCGGGAGCAGAUCUGCAAGCAGAGCCCCUCCUGCCAGCUCCACCUGGAGGUCUUCCUGGAGAACCCGCUGGAGCUCUUCCGCGUCGAGAUCGACGUCCUGGACAUCAACGACAACCCGCCGUCCUUCCCGGAGCCCGACCUGACGGUGGAGAUCUCGGAGAGCGCCACGCCGGGCACCCGCUUCCCGCUGGAGAGCGCCUUCGACCCGGACGUGGGCACCAACGCCCUCCGCACCUACGAGAUCACCCCCAAUGCCUACUUCUCGCUCGACGUCCAGACGCAGCCCGACGGGAACCGCUUCGCCGAGCUGGUCCUCUCCAAGCCCCUGGACCGGGAGCAGCAGGCCCUGCACCGCUACGUCUUGACGGCCGUGGACGGCGGACAGCCCCAGCCCCGCACCGGCACCGCCCUGCUCACCGUCCGCGUCCUGGACUCCAACGACAACGUGCCGGCCUUCGAGCAGCCCGUCUACACCGUGGCCUUGCCGGAGAACUCCCCGCCGGGGACCCUGGUGCUGCAGCUCAACGCCAGCGACCCGGACGAGGGCCAGAACGGCGAGAUCAUCUACUCCUUCAGCAGCCACAUCUCGGCCCGGGCGAGGGAGCUCUUCGGCAUCUCCCCGCGGACCGGGCGGUUGGAGGUCAACGGCGAGCUGGACUUCGAGGAGAGCGGCGUCUACCAGGUCUACGUCCAGGCCAAGGACCUGGGGCCCAACGCCGUGCCGGCCCACUGCAAGGUGCUGGUGCGGGUGCUGGACGCCAACGACAAUGCGCCCGAGAUCAGCUUCUCCACCGUCAAGGAGGCGGUGAGCGAGGCGGCGGCCCCCGGGACGGUGGUGGCCCUCUUCAGCGUCUCGGACCGGGACUCGGAGGAGAACGGCCAGGUCCAGUGCCAGCUGCUGCAGGGUGAGGCGCCCUUCCGCCUGAAGAGCUCCUUCAAGAACUACUACACCAUCGUCACCGAGGGCGCCCUGGACCGCGAGCAGCCCGGCGGCGAGGCCUACACCUUGACGGUGGUGGCGCGGGACCUGGGCCGCCCGGCCCUCAGCGCCAGCCAGUCCAUCCAGGUGCGGGUCAGCGACGUCAACGACAACGCGCCCCGCUUCUCGCAGCCCGUCUACCAGGUCUACGUCAGCGAGAACAACGUGCCCGGCGCCUACAUCUACGCCGUCAGCGCCUCGGACCGCGACCAGGGCGCCAACGCCGAGCUGGCCUACUCCAUCCUGGAGGGCCAGAUCCAGGGCAUGUCCGUCUUCACCUACGUCUCCAUCAACGCCGAAAACGGCUUCCUCUACGCCCUCCGCUCCUUCGACUACGAGCAGCUCAAGGAGUUCAGCUUCCAGGUCCAGGCCCGGGAUGCCGCCAGCACCAGUGCUAGUGCCAGCGCCGACGGCGGAGAAGAGGAGGCAGCUCCGGCGCUCUCGGGCAACGCCACCGUCAACAUCGUGGUGGUGGACCAGAACGACAACGCCCCGGCCAUCGUCAGCCCCCUGCCCGGCCGCAACGGCACCCCGGCACGGGAGGUCUUGCCCCGCGGGGCCGAGCCGGGCUACCUGGUGACCCGGGUGGCGGCGGUGGACGCGGACGACGGCGAGAACGCCCGCCUGACCUACAGCAUCGUCCGCGGCAACGAGGCCAGCCUCUUCCGCAUGGACUGGCGCACCGGGGAGCUUCGCACCGCCCGCAAAGUGCCAGCCAAGCGCGACCCGCAGCGCCCCUUCGAGCUGCUGAUCGAGGUCCGCGACCACGGCCAGCCGCCGCUCUCCUCCACCGCCGCCCUCCACGUCCUCCUGGUGGACAGUGCCGUCGAGCGCCAAGGGGCCGGGGCCAGCGGCUCGGGGGCCGGGGGAGGCGGCGGCGGGGGGGCCGGGCUGGGCCCUGGGGGAGCGGGGGGCCCCGGCGGAGAGCACCGUCCCAGCCGCGGCGGAGGAGGCUCGGCGGGGGCCGGCGAGAGCUCCCUGGACCUGACCCUGAUCCUGAUCAUCGCCCUGGGCUCCGUCUCCUUCAUCUUCCUGCUGGCCAUGAUCGUGCUGGCCGUCCGCUGCCAGAAGGAGAAGAAGCUCAACAUCUACAGCUGCCUGGCCAGCGACUGCUGCCUGAGCUGCUGCUGUUGCUGCUGCCCCUGCUGCAGCCGCCAAGCCCGCGCCCGCAAGAAGAAGCUCAGCAAGUCCGACAUCAUGCUGGUCCAGAGCGCCGCCAACGCGCCCAGCGGCACCAUCGGAGGCGGCGGCGGCGGCAACCCGGCCCAGGGCCCCGCCGAGGAGGCGGCCAGCUUCGGCUCCCAUCACCACAACCAGAACUACUGCUACCAGGUCUGCCUCACCCCGGAGUCGGCCAAGACCGACCUGAUGUUCCUCAAGCCCUGCAGCCCUUCCCGCAGCACCGACGCCGAGCACAACCCCUGCGGCGCCAUCGUCACCGGCUACGCCGACCAGCAGCCCGACAUCAUCUCCAACGGCAGCAUCCUCUCCAGCGAGACUAAACACCAGCGUGCAGAGCUCAGUUAUCUAGUUGAUAGACCACGGCGGGUAAACAGUUCUGCAUUCCAGGAAGCAGACAUAGUAAGCUCUAAGGACAGUGGUCAUGGAGACAGCGAGCAAGGAGACAGCGAUCAUGACGCCACUAAUCGAGGUCAAUCCUCUGGCAUGGAUCUCUUCUCUAAUUGCACGGAGGAAUGUAAAGCUUUGGGCCACUCGGACCGGUGCUGGAUGCCCUCUUUUGUCCCUUCCGAUGGACGCCAGGCUGCGGAUUACCGCAGCAAUCUUCAUGUACCCGGUAUGGACUCUGUUCCAGACACUGAAGUGUUUGAAACACCAGAAGCCCAGCCAGGGGCAGAGAGGUCCUUCUCCACCUUUGGCAAAGAGAAGGCCCUUCACGGCACUCUGGAGAGGAAGGAACUGGAUGGACUGCUGUCUAAUACACGAGCGCCUUACAAACCACCAUAUUUGAGUCCCUGGUUCCAAAACAUCCAUCUUGACUUAAGAAGACUUUCUUUCAAGUGCCUUCAUUCGACACAAGAAGGAACCAUAUGAAGAGCAACAAAUUAAACCAGAUCUCUGAGAAGCCCUUGUCUCCUUCCACAUCAGCUGCUUAGACAUGUACAGGAACACAAGCUUGUGCCAGGAAAAGUGAAUGAUAACUAUUACAUAAAUGAUUUCUGUUGUGUUUUUUGUAGAAAUUUGUAGUGCUUACAAUGAAUGUUAUUCAUUGUUAUUUCAUUGUUUUUGAAGUUGGAUUUUGUUAGAAAAUAACAACAACAACAAUUGUGCAAACUCUAUUAUAUAAAUACCUUAGUUCAGGGCUAGAACACAGGUUUUCACAGCAUCAUAUACACAAUCAAAGCACUACUGAAAGAUGUCCUUUCAACCUCUGUUUGAAACCCUCCAAAUUAGAGUCAACCAUCUUUUGAGACAGUCUAUUCCGCUGCCAAAUAGUUCUUACAAAAGAGAGGUGCUUUCUGAUAUUUAGAUAAAAGCUCUUUACUUGUAAUUUGAAUCCACUGGUUUGUUUCCUGAUCUCUGGGGUAACAAAAAACAAGCUUACUUGAAUUUGUUUGUAAAAUUUCUUCACUCCCCAGACUGAGGUUCUAGUUUAAAUAUUUGACAAUCUCCAUUUUAAGAAGGAUGAGGUAGCAGGCAAUGUGAAAGACAGGUGUCUGAGCCCCUGAAAAGCUGUUGCUGCUCAGAAAAGAUAAUAUUGGAUUAGAUGGACACAAAACUUGAGCUAAUAUGGAGCAGUCUGAAAUGUUCAUGAACUCAGAAAUAUUCAAGCCUAUUGUUAUAUAAUCAUGUAAUAGAUGAACCAGUGUUGUGUGACUGGUCAUUGGGUAGGGAAAAAAUGGAGGGGAUAAGGAAUGAAAGAGAAGUCCUCAGAAUGUAUCAGAGCAAAAGAUUUAUUGGUAAAAUAAAAAGUAUAAAUGGAAAUAGCAUUAAUUUUACUAUGAACAUGUUAUCCACAUGUAUGCACCUCUCACAAUAUCUAAAGAAUGUAUACAGUAUAAGUAUCAGAAGUGAUGAGGAAUGAAUGAACCUUAUCUGAUAAACUGCUAGAUCAAUUUUUAAUAAGUAUGAACACGGUAUUGAAUUUUGUAAUGAAGAUCAUGGAAAAAGUCAUGACUAAAUUUUAAGUGCUGAUCUGUAACAAUAUUGUUGGGAUUAUUAUCCAUUAUAGUCUGCAUUCAUCUACCAUGUCCUUACUGUUUUUUAGUUCAAUUCUGAUCCACAUUAAAUCUUCGUCCACACUACU